UUUAUGAACGAAAGGAGGCAGAUGAGUGAGUCAGAGGAAAAGGAAAUGAUUGUAAAUCCAUUCAGAACUUCGGGAUUCUCUUUUCAACAGGAAAAAGAGCGUUUUAUUCCCGUCGUCCUGUGGCACAUCCUCUUGCAGAAACGCUUCUUUGGGUUUCACCUGAUUCUGAGGUGCUUCUGUUCGCUUUAUUAAAUGACAUCAGAAAACGCGCAGGUUUGCUAGAAUAUCUAAAACCCCGGAGGACUGGAAACCUGGAAAUGAAGAGAGAUUUUACGUUUUUCUGUCGGAUUUGGAUUGGGAUUCCCUUCUUCUCAGGUCUGGUGAAUGGGUUUUCUAUGAGUCCACCCACCCUUGACAACACUAAAGACCAGCUUGUGAUUAACGCUAACGGCACAUUGAACAUUACAUGCAGGGGACAGCGAAUUCUGGACUGGAGCUGGCCUGAAGAGUCUUUGAGUAAAGUGGAGUUUGCUGAUCGCGAGGAUCAGCGGUCGCCCACUGACACCCCAGGGCAUAGAGAAAUCAGGCUGAAGGAGUGUCAAGGGGUGGCUGGGAAACCCUACUGCAAGACGUUAAUACUUACCAAUGCCCAGGCCAAUGACUCGGGUUACUACCGCUGCUUCUACAAGGAUAUCAAAGCUGUUAUUGAUGGCACCACGGCAGCCAGCAUGUUUGUGUUUGUUCGAGACCCAGAGCAUCCAUUCAUCAACAGGGGAGACAAUGACAUGGAGACCAUCUUCAUAACAGACUCUGAAACACACAUCGAAGUGCCAUGUCUGGUUUCAGAUCCUGACCUGAAAGUCACUCUCUUCUCGUUAGUGCCAUAUCCGGAGCCUGUGGAUGGCAGUGUGCUCACCUGGAAUAAUAAAAAGGGUUGGUCAGUUCCCAGGCAUAUCAUUCAGAACACUUCGACCUUUAUUGGCUUCUACUGCUCCAUCUCAGUCCAAAACAGCCAGCACACAUCAUCAAUCUAUGUUGUCCAGGUCAUUGGGCUAAAGUUUUAUGAGUUCAAGCUGUUUCCUGAAGACUCGCCUGUGGAGCUGAUGCAGGGGGAGAGUUUGGUGCUCAACUGCACUGCACUGGUCGACUUCAACACUGGUGUGGAUUUCCAGUGGGACUAUCCAGGCAAAAAGGAGAACCGGCUGGCGAGUUUUCAGCCUGUACGUAACAUCCUGGAUGAAGCCACGGAAACCUCCAAUAUCCUCUCAAUCAGGAACAUUCACUUGGAUGAUAGUGGCUACUACACCUGCUGGGCUAAUACUCUGGAAAUGAAACGGGAGCUCACUACUGUAGUCAUAGUUCACGAGAAGCCAUUCAUCAGCUUGGACUACAGGAAUGGAUCAGUUAUAGAGGCAAAAGAAGGACAAAAAUCUGUCCGGCUACCUGUGAAAGUGUCAGCAUACCCUUCACCAGAAACACAAUGGUAUAAGAACGGAAAACUGAUCAGCAGCAAGAAUUCAAGCAGGUUUAAGGUCCAGCAGCACGCUCUACAGAUCAGGGAUGUGUGUAAGCAGGAUGCUGGAGAAUACAUGCUGGUCUUAAAAAAUAGCCCUGCAGCCCUGGAGAAAAGACUCAACUUUACUCUCAUAGUCAACGUUCCUCCUCAGAUCCAUGAGAAGGAGGCAGCACCACCUACAAACCUCUACGGGAAGGGCACUCGACAGAUCCUCACUUGCACCGCAGACGGGAGCCCUCCAGCCUCCAUCAGCUGGCAGUGGAGGCCUUGGAGCCCCUGCGAUCUGGAGCGCACCCGCAGAGCCCUGAGACGGAGGGGUGGACGGGACAUGAGUCCUUUCUGUCACAACUGGAUAGAUUUGGACCCUGAACAUGCUGUCAACCCUAUUGAGAGUAUUGACACAUUGACUCAAAUGGUGGACGGCAAAGAAAAGACUGUGGGCCGUGUGGUUAUUCAGAAUGCCAGUGUGCCAGCUAUGUACAAGUGCUUGGCUGAGAACAAAGUGGGAAAAGAUGAACGACUGAUUUAUUUCUACGUAACCACUAUCCCUGAAGGAUUCGAGAUAGAGAUGGAGCCCUCAGAGGAUCCGCUUGAGCAGGACCUGGUACAGCUGAAGUGUAAUGCAGAUAAUUUCACCUAUGAAAAUCUGCGGUGGUAUCGCCUGGACCCGCAGACUGUUCCUCCAGAGCUUGACUGCAAGAGUCUGCACCAGUACGCCACAUUUUUGGAGGGACAACUAUCUUUUCAGACCUCCAGCAACAAUUGGGUCCUGGAGCUUAAUAUUACCAACAUUCAGCUACAGGAUGAGGGGAACUAUGUGUGUGAGGUGCAGAACCGACGAACUGGGGUGAAACAUUGUCACCGCAAAUACAUCCCAGUCAAAGCAAUGGAAGCACCUCGAUACCGUCACAACCCAACUAAUCAUACAGUGAAUGUAAGCGAGUCGCUGCAGAUGAACUGUGAUGUGGAAGGCACACCCUUUCCUCAGCUGUCCUGGUUUAAAGAUAACCAACCCCUCCAUCAGAUAUCAGGGAUCCUCCUUCAGGACUCCAAUCGGACUCUCAGCAUUCAGCGAGUGCGAGAGGAAGACGCCGGUCUGUACACCUGCUCUGCCUGCAACCAGAAGGGCUGCGUUCAGUCCUCCGCCACCGUGUCAGUGAUCGGCUCUGAUGACAAAACCAAUGUAGAAAUAGUGAUUCUCAUCGGCACCGGAGUCAUCGCCAUCUUUUUCUGGGUCCUUCUUCUUGUCAUCUUCUGCAAUGUCAAGCGAGUGAACCCAGCUGAUAUCAAGACAGGCUAUCUGUCCAUCAUCAUGGACCCGGGGGAAGUGCCGCUGGAGGAGCAGUGUGAAUACCUACCGUACGACUCCAGCCAGUGGGAGAUUUCCAGAGACAGACUGCGCCUCGGUAAGGUGCUCGGCCAUGGAGCUUUUGGGAAGGUGAUUGAAGCCUCAAUCUUCGGCCAUGACAAGAAAUCCUCUGCAAACACAGUGGCUGUCAAGAUGUUGAAAGAGGGAGCAACAGCCAGCGAACACAAAGCCCUGAUGUCAGAGCUGAAGAUCCUCAUUCAUAUUGGAAACCAUCUCAAUGUUGUCAACCUUCUUGGAGCUUGUACCAAACCCAAUGGUCCUCUUAUGGUUAUAGUGGAAUAUUGUAAAUAUGGAAAUCUGUCCAACUUUCUGCGUGCUAAGAGGGAGUUUUUCUUACCAUACAGGGAUCGUUCUCCUAAAACCCAGAGUCAGGUGCGACGGAUGAUAGAAGCGGGUCAGGCGGGCCAGAGUGAACAUCAGCCAUCCACUUCCUCCACCAACCCUCCAUUGCAGUCUCGUGUUGCAGUGGAUGAUCUCUGGAAAACUCCACUCACAAUAGAGGAUCUGAUAUGCUACAGUUUUCAGGUUGCACGAGGAAUGGAGUUUCUGGCAUCUCGUAAGUGUAUUCAUCGAGAUCUGGCAGCCCGAAACAUCCUGCUGUCUGAGAACAAUGUGGUGAAGAUCUGCGACUUUGGUUUAGCGCGGGACAUCUAUAAAGACCCUGAUUAUGUGCGCAAAGGCAAUGCCAGGCUGCCGCUGAAGUGGAUGGCUCCAGAGAGCAUCUUUGAUAAGGUUUACACCAGUCAGAGUGACGUCUGGUCUUUUGGAGUUCUGCUCUGGGAGAUUUUCUCACUAGGAGCCUCUCCAUACCCCGGCAUCCAGAUUGAUGAAGAUUUUUGCAAACGACUCAAAGACGGUACCAGAAUGAGAGCACCAGACAAUGCGUCCCCUGAAAUAUAUGGCAUCAUGUUGGCCUGCUGGCAGGGCGAGCCCAGGGAGAGACCCACAUUUCCAGCUCUGGUGGAGAUACUUGGAGAUCUACUGCAGGAAAACAGUCUACCAGAAAUCCCAUUCAAUGUGUCUCAGAGCUCAGAGGACGACGGCUUCUCACAAGCUUCUUCCAGACCACCAUCACAAGAGGAGAUCAGACUGGCCUGCAACACACUGCCAACACGAUAUUACAACUGUGUGCCAUUUGCUGGCUGUGUGAUGGUCGGGCCCUCCAGCACGUGUCACUCACGAGUGAAGACAUUUGAGGAACUUCCUAUGGAAAUGACAUCACACAAGACACAGCAUGACAGUCAGACAGACAGUGGGAUGGUUUUGGCCUCAGAUGAACUGGAGAGGUUUGAACACAAGCACAGAGGAGCCAUGUUGACAAAUGCGUCGUCGGGCCGGAGCACUGAGCGCCUCAUUAGUUGUCCAUCGGUGAGCAGCAGCGGUAGCGGUGGCGGUUUGCUCCGUCCAGCGUUCUUCACUCAACUAUCAGGCCAGACCUUCUACAACAACGAGUACGGUCAUCUGUCAGAGGAGGGCGUCAGCGACUACUUCUCCUCCUCAGACCAGGCCGUUUAUAAGGAAACCUGCCCGGCAACCUCCAACCUGUAACAGCACUGAUUGACCAGUCAAAUCCAUGCCCCAACCCUCCGCUCCUACUCACAGCUAACUUACUGAACUGACUGUAGCUUUGUAAAGUUCUCUCAGCAGCCACUGGGUGGCACCAUUAUGUCAAUUUUAAAACCAACAAAGUAUUUUAGUAGUUCCAUAUAUCUUUAUAUAAAGAGUAAACAGCUUUUUUAUUUGUACAAAAAAUGAGAAAUGAAGCAGAAUGGAGAAAAAAAAAUAA